AUGCUUUCACUCGAGGCCGCCCUCCUCGUCGCCGCCGGCCGCCCCACCACGGGCGCCGGCGCCGACGAUGUGGGCACCAUUCUCCUGCCGAGCGAGGGCAAAGGCCAAGCAGAAAUGGUGGCGAGCAGGCCGUGGAAGUGCUGCGACCGGGCCUUUUGCACAGAGUCGAACCCGAUGGUGUACAAGUGUGGUGACGAGGUCGAUCAGUGCGCGUCCACCUGCCAGGCCUGCGUGCCGUCCACGCUCAACCCGUCUCGCCACGUCUGCCAAGACCUGCACACCGGCGACCCCGGGCCCGAGUGCAGCGACGACGGCGGCCUCAACGUCGGCAUCGCGAAAGCCGAAGGUGCUAGUAAAGAUUACCCGGUGACUUUGGCGGCAGCGAAGAAGAAGGGGGAAGAGGAAGAGAGGCCAUGGAAAUGCUGCGACUUUGCUCUGUGCACCAGGUCAUUCCCACCGCUGUGCCGCUGCAUGGACAAGGUCGAGCAGUGUGCUGCGACCUGCGAGAAAUGCGAGCCGGCGACGUCGGACUCAUCCCGCCGCGUCUGCAACGACUGGUCGUUCCCGCCGAUGUGCCGCUGCAUGGACAAGGUCGAGCAGUGUGCUGCAACCUGCCAGAGCUGCGAGCCGGCGAUGUCGGACUCAUCCCGCCGUGUCUGCAACGACUGGUACCAUGGCUUCCCGGGGCCCAAGUGCACCGCCGGCGGUAACUAG